UAUUAAGUACGCCUGCGUUAUCGGUGCUAAUUACUUCUAAAUCAUUUGUUAAGUAAUGCUCCAUAUAUAAUAUUGCUGUAUAUUAGCUACAAACCAUUUCGCGAAACGGAGCGACCCUAGCCCUAAUGGAUACAAUGGAACUAAAAACAAGGAUAUGGACAACAUGCAGGACAGUCAGACAGUGUCGGCGUUUUUGGGUGGGAAUGGAGAUGGGCUAGUGGGUCGCAUUGGUGGCUCGUAAUUGCCGCAGCACAUUUGCAUGGCCGAAGGAGUUAAUGGGGGUUGCCUGAUUUGUUUGUUGGUAGUACUAUUGCCAUUGCCAGCCAGCCAGCCAGCCGUGUUGUUGUUAUUCGGUUGCUGGCUGACUGGCUGGUAUAAAUACGUUCUGUUGACGACGCCCGGGCUCCAAUACGCCGGUAGUCGCUGCUUUAGACCAGUCAACCGCUGCACUGGCUCCACUUCGAGUCGAUUUUUCCAGAGUUCUAGCUCCAGCUCUCGUUUCGGCCCCACAUAAUGCCAAAUUAUGCAACUGCCUACUGUUGGCAGUAGCGGAUAAAAAAGGCAAACAUUCCGGCUAAUGAGCAAACGAUAAAACCGAUAAACCGUUUCCACUUGGUCACCAACUAUUCCCUGCGUCAGCGCAACAUGUGGGCGCUGUGACGUGCAUUCGUAAAAGGCUCAUCACCCGGCGGCUCAUUGAUAUGCCCCGAAGUGUCUAGGAAAAUCACCGGCAGACUGCGUUAAAAGAGCAGAAAAAUCACACGCAAUAUGCAAUAAUCAGGGGCUUUCCACUGGACUGACUCAUGACAUGACUAUGGAGGAUCGCAAUCGCAUCUGGACCACGGGCAACAUUAACCAUGGCUUCUUUGGCGACAAUCUGCAGCAGCAGCCGUUGCCCCUGCAGAGAUUGCAGACACCAGGUAACCUCAGCCUUCUUUCGGCACCGAUUCGAGCCAAUGGCAGUGGCAAUGGAAACGCAACUGCCAAUGGACAUGGACAGAAUUCGGCCACGGAGAGUGCGAAUGGAAAGCAGCUGCCAUACGAGCCCAUAUCCCCAAACCUAAUUGGCAUACAAUCCAAGUUUCGUCGGAGUUAUUACCACAAAGUGGUGCUUGGCGGACUGCUGGCCCUUGUAAUUAUUCUGCUGAUAGCAAUCAUAGUCAUAAGCCUAGGCCUUAAGAAAUCCAGCUCAAUUUGCCGUAGCAAGGAGUGCCUCCGCACAGCGGCCAGCCUCAUCUAUGCGAUGGACGAGCAGACUGAUCCCUGCGAGGACUUUUACCAAUUCACCUGCGGCAGGUGGGCCAACGAGCAUCCGCGUCCGGAUUCGGUGACCUCGAACGAUUGGUUCCGGGAGCGUCAGGCGCACAUAAUGCGUGUGGUCCGCGAGUUCCUCCGCUCGAAUAUCACCAAAUCGGAACCAGAAGCGGUGGGCAAGGCCAAGACUAUGUACAGAGCCUGCAUGGAUACGAAGCUGCUGGAUAAGCGUGAUCUGGAGCCGCUGAUAAACUAUCUGCUGCGUUUUGGACUACCCGUUCUGCCCUCCGCCUUGAAUCUCACCCUGGGAAGUGGUUCCAAAUAUGCCACAGAGGCAGCCAAUGUCAAAUACAACUGGCUGCAGUCCAUUGUUUCCAUUAAACAACACCUCACCAUGGACCUUAUCAUAGGAUUCGAUGUCUUUCCGGAUCCUUUCAACCGCACCAUCAACCGCAUUGCCCUGGGGACUCCAGAGACUGAUUCGGCGUUUCCUUUCAACAACGACGACUCCCACAAAAUGCUCCGUAAGAUUCAUCGCAAGACCAUUUUUAUGCAAAACAGCGAUGAUGAGGACGACAGCGAGGAUGACCGGGAGAGCGAGGAGGAGGAGGCAGCCAAGCAGACUAGCACGGGAAUGACCGCCUAUCUGCAUUACGUCCGGAAAGUGAUCGAAAAGUAUCUGCUCUACGUGGAUCCGAAUGUUAACCAGGAGGAGGCCACUCUGGGCAUCACCGAGUUGGUCAAACAGGGCGUUCGAGUAGCAAGAAAAGUGCAUGAGUUCAAGGAGGAGGCUGAAAACAUGACCAAGCCAUCGAAGAACCCGGCAGAUGACAUUGUCUACAUCACCCUGCAGGAUCUGCAGAACCAAACUGACAAGAAUAUAGCACCCAAGACACUGCCCAUCUGGGUUCGUUACAUGGAAUUGAUUCUAAAGGGCACCCGCCACGCCGGCAAUAUCCAAAUGACCCAGAAUCUGACAAUAAUAACCAGCCAGGCAGACAUUACGUAUCUGCAGAACAUUGUGGAGUAUCUUGACGACACUCCAGCUUCCCAUAUCGAAUCAUACCUGUUUCUGAGCACCAUCGAGGAGCUGGUCCUGCACACAUCGAGUUCGAUGCGAUUGCUCCACUCAGAGUAUAUGCGGGUGGCCAUUGGAACAGAGGGCAGCACGCCGAGAUCCCUCUACUGCGCAAAUGGAGUAAACAGUUUGCUCGGAAUGGCAGUGAGCUAUGUCCUGGCCGACGCGGACUUCACCAAGGAAAAGCUGCCCAAAGUUGAGCGGAUGCUUAGUGAUAUACGACGCUCCUUCGAUCGCCUGGUAAAGUCCACCUCUUGGAUGGAUGCAGCUACCAAGCGGAAAACCAUUCAAAAGUCAGCUGAGAUGAAGAGCUUUAUCGGAUUUCCCCCUUGGCUGCGAAAUGCCAGCGUGUUAAAUGCCUAUUACGAGGGGGCAGAGGUGAAUGCCAGCACCCACCUGGAGAACCUCAUGGACUUUGUGCACUGGCAGAUGAUGGACAAACUGAACGAAAUGGAUAAGCCAGAGCCCAUUGGCUGGGCCACUUCCCCUUCAAAUGUCAAUGCAUUUCAUACGUUUCAAUCGAAUGCAAUCACUGUGCCCAUUGCCAUUCUGCAAUACCCGUUUUACGACCUUGGUCUCGAGUAAGUUCACCCAGGAAUAGCACUAAGCACUAAAAACCGAGCACUGAGCACACAGAUAGCCGAGCAAACAGACACCCAGGCACGCACCCGCACCCGAACCUAGCACUAAUCCUCUCCUGGAAUGGCCAUAACCCGUGUGCUGCUCUGUGUCCUCGGCAGGGCGCUCAAUUACGGCUCGAUUGGAACCAUCCUGGGCCACGAACUCACACAUGGCUUCGACGACAGCGGCAGGAGAUUCGACCGGGCAGGGAACAUGGUCGAGUGGUGGUCAAAUAGGACCAUUGACGAGUAUGUCAAUCGCACCGAGUGCUUUGUGGAACAAUAUAGCCGCUACCACCUCGCAGACAUUGAUGAAUAUAUUGAUGGCGAACUGACGCUGGGCGAGAAUAUCGCAGACAACGGCGGAAUGCGGGAGGCCUUCUAUGCGUACCGCCUUUACGUGAAGGAAGUGGGCCGGGAGCGGUCCAAGUUGCCCGGCUUGGAGCACUAUUCCCAUGAGCAGCUCUUCUUCAUCUCGUUUGGGAAUCUAUGGUGUGAGACCUAUACGCCGGCAGCAUCGCGAUACGCGCUCACCGAUUCUCAUUGCCCGGGACAGAUGCGUUUGCGGGGAGUGCUCUCGAACUCGGAGGAGUUUGCCAGGACCUUCAAAUGCGCCCGAGGAACGCCCAUGAAUCCCGACCAGCCCAAGUGCCGCAUUUGGUAGUGGGUGUGCUCGACGAAUAAGCAAUUGCAACAGGAACAGUCAAGUGAUUUUUCUACCCGUUUGUACUUAAGCUAGCCAUAUGAUUAGAUCGAAUAUACAGGUGUCUUUUGCACGUUUCUGGAUGCUGGCGCAAUAAACUUAAUGGUAAAACGCUUCUCAAUCCGAGCUCGCAGCUCAUAAGUAGGCUUCGUUUUAAGUGGAAUAGUUUAGAUAGUUCAUUGUUCAUUGCAUCAUUUUGGGCUUUACGGAAACUUGCUAAUUACGAUCAAAAAUACUUGCAUGUGAAUAUUGUAUAUACUUUUAAUUAAUUACUUUUAAUAUACUUUCAUU